AUGUAUCGCGAAAACAUAGACUUCUGUUCCAGCACUAGUUUGUCGUACAAAAUAUUUUUUCCGUAGCGAAAAACUCAUUUUCCUCGCUUGCCCGUCAAUAGUUUUUUGUUAUUUUUUGUCGGCCACAAUUGCAGCGUUUUAACGGAGGCCCAGCGGACGUGCGUGAAAAUCCAGGGCCGCGAGUUUUCACCGGAGAGCGAAGAGCGUGAGAAACUGCGUACGUACGAAAAGAAAAAAAAGUGGGCAACCAAAAAAAAGAAGGAAAAAGAGCGAGAAGAGAAGAGGAAAUUUUGCGAAUUUGUCAGCAGCUGUGCGUCGUAACUAAAGCAACAAAAAAGCUAGAGAUAGAUAGUCAGAGGAGUGGAGAAGAAAGAGAGAGAGAGAGAGAGCGGUGACGAAUGCACAGGGAAUAAAACAAAAAGACAAGUGCACAGCCUUGCAUUGCCAUAAACAAAUAAAGUAAAAUGAUUUAAAUAGACUGCAAAAUCAUAUGCAGCCGACACCUGGCAGCCGUCUCGCUCUGCCGCGCAUGUGUUUGUUUUUGUUUGCCAACUGUUUCUCAUCUUCUUUCUCUAUCCCACCACUCUCUCUCACUCUGUCUUCCCCCCCUUCUCAUAUAGCGCCAGCACAUCCCGAUUCCCAAUUGGACCCGACCAGGAGUGGAGAGCGUUCCAAUAGGAGUACUGCAUCGCAUAGCCGUUAAAUACAACAACAACAUGGCACUGGACAGUGGUACGCAAACGAAUGCGCUGACAUCAUCCUUCACCACCAAGAAAAAGGAUGCGGCCACGGAAAAGGAGAACCUAUGGUCGGCAAUAUUGAAUGAAGUACAAACACAGGGCAGCACAAAACUUCCAUCAAACAAAUCUGUACUAGUAUUAGGCGACAAUGCCACCGGAAAGACGACACUCAUUGCCAAACUGCAGGGCGUCGAGGAUCCAAAGAAGGGUUCCGGCCUGGAGUAUGCCUACAUCGAUGUCAAGGACGAGUACAGAGACGACAUGACGCGUUUGGGCGUUUGGGUUCUGGACGGUGAUCCAGGACACACAAACCUGCUACACUAUGCGCUCAAUGAAACGAACUAUGCACACACACUCGUCAUCCUCACCGUUUCGAUGACGCAGCCGUGGGGCUGGCUAGAGCAGCUGAACCAUUGGAUCAAAGUCCUGGGACAGCAUAUCGAGAGCCUGCAGCUGGACGCCAAAGAGAAGGAGGCGGCCCGCCAGCGACUAGCCACUACGUGGCAGAGUUAUUGCGAGGUGGGCGAUGACCUGGAUCCAGGUUCUCCGGUCAAGCGGACGAUGCGCAACAACUCGAUCGACGAGGAUGACCUGCUGCCGCUGACGGAGGACGCACUAAUUACAAAUCUGGGCCUCGACAUCGUUGUUGUGGUAACAAAGACGGACUACAUGACCACGCUGGAGAAGGAGUACGAGUAUCGCGACGAGCACUUCGACUUCAUCCAGCAGUGGAUACGUAACUUCUGCCUGCGGCACGGCACUUCGCUGUUCUACACGAGCGUCAAAGAAGACAAAAACUGUGAUCAACUCUACAAAUAUCUGACGCAUCGAAUUUAUGGUCUACCAUUUAGUACGCCAGCGCUAGUCGUUGAGAAGGAUGCGGUACUCAUUCCGGCUGGCUGGGAUAGCCUGAAGAAGAUUAGUAUUUUGUAUGAGAAUAUGCAUGGAGUCAAGGCCGAAAAUCCCUACACAGACAUUAUCAAAUCACCGCCAACUAGAAAAGCGGUUUCCAAUCGGGAGGCAGAAGUGCAGACGGAGGACGAGCAGGCCUUUUUGGCCCGACAGCAGGAGAUCCUUAAGCAGGGCGACCAGGUGCGCGGAGAAUCUCCACUGAGAUCGCAGGGUGUGGGUAGCAACAAGAGCGGACCCCGAACACCCGGCACUGCAGGCCAGAGUUCACCCAAGAAGAUUGAUCCCAAGCUAACGCCAGCCACGCCUGGCGCUGAGGGCGUUCUGGCUAACUUCUUUAACUCGCUGCUGCACAAAAAGUCGGGCAGUCCGGCGAGCGGUGGUCCGGGUGGAGCCGGCAGUCCGGCGGGACCGGGUCGUACGGCCAAUGGUACGGAUGCAAUGAUGACACCCGAGAAACUGGCCGUACGCACAGAUGCGGCCGCCGAGCUGGAUCGGUUAUCGCGCAGCGUAAAGAAAGAGAUCGACAUGUCGCAAAGUGAGUGUUGAGCCGUAGUCAACCAGCAGCAACACUGACACCACAGCAGAACCACAGCGGCAGCAGCAACAACAACAACAGAACCAGAACAACAUGAAAACGUUAUUUAAGCAGCAAAGGAAGGGCAGAGACUCGUAGAGAACGCAGGACCAGUAAUGCUGGAGAGCAACUAAGGGAACCACAAUUUCAUACAGCUGUUAGAUCAUUCAAUGGUCUGCCAGUUGGUGUACGGGCUAUCAUCAGUUAGGGGUUAUAGUAUUUAAAAUGGAAACUUCAGGGGAGGCAAACUCUUAAGUGAAUGUAAAAUCUUUAUGAGGUUAACUAAUGAUGAUCUUGAUAUAUACUAAUCAAGAGACCUUUUGUAAAUGAUUUAAAUCAGGGCUUUAAAAGAGUUGUUAAACACAAAGUCCCCUAACAAAGACAAUGUCAAGUUUUCUAACUCCAAUUGCCCCUUAAAACUGAUCAAUGCCCAGAGAUUUUUCAUAAACUUUUAAAUCUUCCUGGUACUCAUGUGAUGAGUUCCACAACCACGAGUGAUUCUUUUUUACGAGCCUCCUGCGGCAUACUCAAAAACCUUCGAUAGGAAAUGAAACAAAAAACAAAACGAAAACUAGGAUUGUGAAUUAUAACGAUGAACAAGAGAAGAGACAUUCGCCACUUAAUGGUUUAGCUUAGAAAAACAGUUUUCUAUUUGAAGAAAGUUGAACCCCCCCCCGUCUGCAUGUGUUAAAAGGGUCUUGGCGACAGACAGAGAGAGAGGAGAGAUAUAGAGAAGGGAUUAUGAUAAGGAUAAUGUGAAGUAGUUUUUUUUCUUUCGCGGUUCCCCACACACGAUUGUAUAAUAAAUUAUUAAACAAACAAAAAGAAAAACAAGUUGUAAAAUGUAAUUAACAAACAGACAGUCCAAGAUCACUGAGGAUUAAGAGAAUGGUAUGCGCUUAGCUUGUAUGUACUUUUUAAUUAUAUUAAUUAAUUACACACCCACUCACUUUUGUUGAUUCGGUAGUGUAGUAUUUAUACCAGGAGAGAUCGAGAAGCUCCUAUCCAUUAUCGUGUAUACAUUUUUAGUUAACCCACGAAAUGCGUUUCUUUGCUUUUGUUCAAACCAACCAAUAUCAGGCCAAUCAAAGUAACCAACCAACCAAUCAACCAACCAACGAAACCCUUUGUAAUUAAUUUUAACCUUAAUCCUGUCAAUUUUAAUGUAGGCAGCUGUACGUCUUCAUUUUAAAGCAAGUUUUUAUUUAAGCCAUUUUAAACGAGCGUGGACCACAAACUAACUAUCGCAUAUGUGUCUGAAACAAGAGACCAAGUUAACAGAACUGGAUCGCACCUCGCCUUCGCCCUUGGCCCAGGCGAUAAUUCUAUUUUAUUAUUAUGAUUAUGAUUUAUUCGAAUCAAGAAGAAGCUCUUUCCUUUUGCCAUAUGUAUUCCACCAAAUGUAUGUAUGCCCUUCUGAUCGGCCGAUUUAGUUUCUAUAACCUUUCUGUAUCUUUCAUUUUCUUUUCCUUCUGUUCAACUCUUUGCCUCUCGCUCUUUGCCGUGUGUCGUCAGAAGCAACCACAAAAAAAAAACAAAAAACAAAUCAUAAAUAACAAAUUAAAAAGAUGAAUUAACUGAAUGAAUUGUGCUACAGAAACUAUUUUUAUGUAAUAAAAUAAAAUAAUUAUAUUAAAUAUAUUGUAUAACAUUAUAUAUAUAUAUCUAUAUAUAUAUAUAUAUGAAACCCAGAGCAAAGUAAAAAUAUUGUGCAAGCGAAUUAUUUAAAUAAAUUGAUCGGUAUUUGAAAACUCCCAAAAAUGAACAAAGCUAAAAAACACACACACACACGCAAAAAUAACUUAAUGUAAAUUAAAGCAAAAAAAAAGAAAACAAUAUAGACAUCAAAUCAGCGUCAAAAACUGCAACAAAAAAGUAAAAUAAAUUAAAUAAAAUUUCCAAAAAACACAAAAAAAUUAAA